AUGUCGCGCGCUCAGAUCAAGGAGGUUAAAGCCGCUGUCGUCCUGCUUGACCCGCCGUACAUCAACAGUGACUGCUUCUCCAAGACUGCAACCACCGCGCGCGCCCUCAGCACGCCCGACACAAGGAUCAUCGCCUGCACCGGCUGGAAGAUCAGGGACACUGUGCAGGACGUCCUCGGAGCGCACAUGGUGAGGUUCCGCCCUGGGCACGCGUGUGGACUGGCGACCACGUUCAGGGCGUAUGUCAACUACGAGGGAGCGGGGCUGUACGAAGCCGACCCGGAUCCCGAAAACGGCGACAACGACGGCACCGCCUUUGCUGGCGCCGGAGGCGUUGAGGCUGCAUAG